AUGCGCGAAGGCGGCCUGGGGAAACUGCACAAGAGGGUGAUGGGGAGGUUUGGCGAGACUUUACAUCCGGAUGACGCCUAUUUGAGCUUGAUGCGGGAGGAUAUCCAGACACUGAAAAACGAUUGGCUUACGGAUAAUGUUAUAUCGUUUUGGGAAGAGUAUCUUGAGCGCGAGUUCUUAUCGAAAUACGAACAGUCUAAUAUAGUCCUCCUUCGCCCAAGCAUGUCCUUUAUGCUACUCCAAACGCCGGACCCCCGCACACUGCGCGAUGCUCUUCCAGACUUUAGCAAAACGACCCAUGUCUUCCUCCCGAUAAACGAUUGCCGGAACGUGUCCGAGGCUGAAGGGGGCACGCACUGGUCCCUGCUCCUAGUCUCGAUAGUCGACUGCAUCGCUUUCCACUACGAUUCUCUGCCCCCGGGCAACAGGAUGGAAGCAUACACAAUCACAAUGAAGUUCAGCGCGCUGCUGAACCGACCCAUCCGAUUCGUGCAUCUAGAUGACUCACCGAUGCAGGAAAACAGUAGCGAUUGCGGCGUCUUUGUCUGCUUGAAUAUACGUCAUUUACUGCUGGACCGUCUGUUACGUACGAAUUCGCAUCAAAAGGUCAGCAUGAGCUUGGCUGGGAAACGCGUCGACGCCUCGUCGGGUCGGAGGGAGAUGCUCAAGAUCGUAGAUGGGUUUCGGAAAGAGGGUGUUCGACGGAGAUCGCAUAGUUCCAGUCCAUCAGAGCGUCAUUCGCGGAGUCCUCCCCGGAUUGAUUGA